AUGGAUGGCUCUAUGACAAUCCCAGGGCUCCCAAAACCAGCUUUGGAGUGCCCCACAGACAUCUUGGAGAAGGAGCCAGCGCCCCCACGCUUGAAUCUUCUCACGCCUCGAUCGGAUCUAUACCCAAUCAUCCCGCAGAACAUCAUGCAGGAGUAUGGAGCACACGAGUCGUUCAGCGAGGAGUUCAACUCUUUCCUCGACAAGGUGGUCGAGGAGUUUGGCCCAAUUCCCCAAGACGAGAGCGCUGAAGACAAGAAGAACAAGGAGACUGGGCAGGACAACAAGGAGAAGGAUGGCAAUGGGAAGGACGAGCCGAACAAGGCGGAGGGUGAAACCAAGGCACCUCGCAAGCGCAAAUCAGGUGGAGCAAACGGAGCAGAUGCCAAAAAGCAAAAGGUCGAUAGCAGCAAGGUGAAGACCAUUGACUCAGUAGGCAAACAAGGUGCGCUGGUUGAGACACCGCUCAUCAAUGCCAAGAUUGAGGGCGUUCAGCUCCACAUCAAGAGCCAGAACAAACCGUACUUGUUCAACACAGGGGCCCAGGAAGCCUCAUUGAAAGCAGGACUCAUCAUUUGUGGGUUUGGCAAGGGCAAGUGGAAGCUUGCUGAGGGGAGUCAAGAGAACAACCCCCGGACUGAAGUGCUAUUUGAGCUCAGUGGCCCAGAUGACCUGGUGCUUUUCAACGGACACCUGAAAACAGUGUUCGAGGUGGUGCAGGCUCAGCAGCAAAAGGUGCCAAAAGUGAGAAUCGCGCACCACACCAUGACUGAGGAACCGGAUGCAAAGCGCCCAGGGAACUUCAAUUUGAAAAGGUCCCACUCAGUCUGGUUUGUGCCACAGGCUGGCAAUGUGUAG